AUGCGUCUCCUGGAUCUGCUGCUUUCCAUUUUCUUGGCCAUCUCCGCCGUUGCCGCGUAUCGAUACGAUUUUCCGGAACAGGACCUCCACACGGCCCUUCGACCAUUCUCCGGCCCGGCCAAGCGCACCGGCAUGAUGUACGCGUGGAAUAAACACCUCAACUACCGUGCCGGCAAACGCCCCGACGCCGCCUGGGCCGACCUGGAGCAU